UCAAACAUAUGUGUUCUGCUCAUCAUUUUAUCAAUUCUGGUAGUGUUUGCAUUUGUUCUUGGAAAUGUUGCCAAUGGCUUCAUAGCUCUAGUUAAUGUCAAUGACUGGGUUAAGACACAAAAGAUCUCCUCAACUGACCAAAUUGUCACUGCUCUGGCAUUCUCCAGAAUUGGUUUACUGAUCAUAUUAUUACAUUGGUAUGCAACUGUGUUUAAUUCAGCUUUAUAUAGUUUAGAAGUAAGAAUUGUUCCUUCUAAUGUCUCGGCGAUACUCAAUCAUUUCAGCAUUUGGCUUGCUACGAGCCUCAGCAUGUUUUAUUUGUUCAAGAUUGCCAAUUUCUCCAAUUUUAUUUUUCUCCACUUAAAGAAGAGAAUUAAGAGUGUUCUUCUUGUGAUACUGUUGGGGUCCUUGGUAUUUUUGAUUUGUAAUCUUGCUGUGGUAACCAUGGAUGACAGUGUGUGGACAAAAGAAUUUGAAGGAAAUGUGACUUGGAAGAUCAAAUUGAGGAAUGCAAUACACCUUUCAAACAUGACUAUAACCACCAUGCUAGCAAACUUCACACCGUUCAUUCUGACUCUAAUAUCUUUUCUGCUGUUAGUCUGUUCUCCGUGUAAACAUCUCAAGAUGAUGCAGCUCCAUGGCAAAGGAUCUCAAGAUCUCAGCACCAAGGUCCAUAUAAAACCUUUGCAAACUGUUAUCUCCUUCCUUAUGUUAUUUGCCAUUUACUUUCUGUGUAUAAUCACAUCAGUUUGGAAUCCUAGGACACAGCAGAGCAAUCCUGUAUUCCUGCUUUACCAAACUCUUGCAAUCAUGUAUCCUUCAUUCCACUCAUUCAUCCUGAUUAUGAGAAGUAGGAAGCUAAAACAGACGUCUCUUUCAGUUUUGUGUCAGGUGACGUGCUGGGUGAAAUAACAGAAACCCUCAACUCCAUAGAUUCACAAGGGGAGCAUGGUGUGUCUUUUAGCAGAAAAGAAACUGAUGGUGUCUAGAACGUUUUAUAUUUCUGUCAGUUUGUUGUAGUGUAUGUAUUUGAGUAAUUUCAAAACAGAUUCCUAGGAUAGUCUUUUAUAUAUAUAUAUAAUAUAUAUAAAAUUUAUAUAUAUAUAUAAAAUAUGUAUGGGUGUAUAUGUGUGCAUGUGUGUGAAUAAUAACAUUGACCAUAAAUUAU